AUGACAAUCCUGAUAAGAAAGGCCGCCGAGGAAGAAAUCCCCGCCAUCGCGCGGCUCGCCGGCCAAGCGUUCCACCCAACAACCGAUUGGAUCACGCGCCAAGUCUUCCCGCUACACCUUCAGCCGAAAGAUAUUCCCGAUGGACAAGCAUCGCAGCCGUGGCGCCGGCUAAGGAAGACUGUAGGCUUCAGUACGCCAAACUGCGCAACCAUCGUGGCAGUUGAUACCGCUCUGAACAACCAAAUCGUUGGCUAUGCGAUAUGGGAUCUGCCGGUUGGGUCCGAGGAAUCUCCCGCCCCCCCUGCAGACCCUGAGCUGCCGGCCGAUGUGACUGAUUUCAAGGUCUACGCCGAGCUCAAGACGAUCCUGGAAGAAGACCAUAAAGCCACGUUUGGCGACAGAGGGUUAAAAGACGUGUGGCGUUCGUCAUCCCCCCUCCUGUUUCCUCUCUAUAUACGGGUACUCCUGUAUAAACCAGACAUGGGACCUCAACCAACUAACGCGCAAACAGAUCUCGAUAUGAUUGGGGUUGACCCACACUAUCAGCGACAGGGAAUUGGCAGGGCUCUUCUGACAUGGGGCGUUGAGCAGGCCACAAGAGAGGGCAGAGACUGCUACUUGAUGGCAACACCGCAGGGACGACCUCUCUACGAGUCUUUUGGCUUUGAUAUUGUGCGUCCGUUGAACAUGUUUGGGGUCAUGCAUCAUUCCAUGAUACUCCGAACAAGUAAAACAACGUGA